AUGUUCCAGAUGGAAACUGAAGUAAGAUCACUAAAGCAGGAGCUGACAAGCACAAAAGAUGCUUUAAAAUCAGCAACGAAGCGUUGCCGAGAGCUGGUCCGGGAAUUGGAUUCUCUGCACGUGUGCCACGAAUCUGAGCGUAAUUUACGUGACCAGCAACUAUCAAAAAUUCUGCGAGCGCUGUUAAUCUUGGAGUCACGUCUGCGGCAAGAGCAAAAAUCGAUCCGGCAGCAGUUAUGCGAAAAGGACACCGUGAUAAGGAAUCAGCAGAUAGAAAUAGCGCGAUUGCGGAGGUACACGAAAAACUACUUAAAAAACAAACGAGAGCUGGACUCUUACAUAAACUCCGAGGACGUUACCAUUAGCAAAACCACCGAGGCCACAGAUAACAUUCUGUCAUCGCUCAAUGACAGCAAUGUCGGCAAAGAGAUUCAGCAGCUGAAGCGCGAAAUAAUAAUAAAGCUAAACUGCGAAGAUCAGAUUCUAAAGAACAAAGAGUUUGGUGUUAAAAAGACGGAUAGCUUCGCCGGGAGUGACGUAUCCAAAGAAAGUGUUACCAGUGAAAACACCGACGCUUCUAUUGUUACAACAACCACCGAGGGAAGUCCGUCUCUAUUGAGCACCGAAGGAUUUUGCGAAGGUGAAAGUUCCGAUCUUUCGCCUGGUUCUACUUUAAAUAAAUCAUCCCGGCGGAUUAUCUCUGAAAGUGAUACCCAAGUCACGAGGAGCCUUCGUGAAAACGGGUUCAGUUUCAAGGAUAGUAAUAGUAAUCGCCACCAAGAUGACGAUGAUGAUGAUGAUGAUGAUGAUGAUGAUGAAGAUGAUGAUCAAGUCAUUUCACAGAGACGGCUUGGUAUUAUCAGAUCAGAGCCUCUGGAAAUUUACGACAAUGAAGUCACUAAAAUAUCACGGAGCGACAGCAAGGAUGACGGAAUGGAUUGUAAUUUUGCUUCUGAUGAAGACGAUGAGCCGAUCUAUGUCAAUGCUUGCGCGGGAAAUGAUAAUAAAGGCUUAAGUUUUAGGGAAGACAGGGGAGUUGCUAAAAGUGAUGAUAAUAGGUUAAAUAAUAAUAUUAGUAAUAGUAGUAAUAAUAAUAUUAAUAAUAAUAAUGAAGAAAAAAUAGAAGAAGAAAAAUCCAUGGAAGACACCAGCGGAAAUUGGUACAGCGACCCGGAUGAAGAUAGAAUAACUGAAGAAGUAAUCCAGAAUAACUCUUACAGACCUAACAGCAAUCACAACUCAGUCCUGGAGUGCGUGAACCAGAUCCUGCUGAGGGACAGAGAGGAAGAGGAAAACGUCCGGUCGAUCCCGAGGACUUUCAAGCAUAAAGGAAGAAUUGUAAGGUUCCAGCCGGCGAGAUUGUCGGAUAUUGAAUCCGUCGGCUCGGAAAUGGAGAGGAAAAAUUCUGAAGAGGCUAUUAUGGACAAGGAAAGCGAGGUUGGAGCGGAGGAUGAGUAUGGGAUGAGGAUUAUCAGUCCGAAUAUUAUGAGGAUUGGCUCGGAAGGGAAUGAGGAAGAGCUGGAUACCACGGGGGCUAUUCCAAUUGCUAUAAUUGAACCGCAGGUUGAUUUAGACGCGCAGAGUGUUAUUUCUUCGGUGUCUUCAGCGUCUCCUGAAUUGUCUGUCAAGUCUAAGUCUUCGAACAGGUCUAGUAGUCCUAUUUUGAGGCUGGAGAGGAUUGAGGAGAAGACUUGUUUGUCUAUGUCCUCCAAGGGGCUGACUAUUGCCAAGAAUUUGGACUAUGAGGACAUUGAGUCGCUUCCGGAGAUUAUUUCGCCGCUGCCGAAGACUCCGCCGGCGUUGCCGCCGAAGCCGCAAUUCAGGAAUAAUACUUUGGUGCUGAAGAAAAUUCCUAGUCCGUCGUUUCUGAUUGACGAGACGAGGAAGAAACACUCGGUGCUGAGUGCUCCGGGAUAUGUUAAGAAGAUUUUUGGAAUUUCUACGCCUUCUAAGUCUUUGUCUUCGUCAUCUAAAAGCUUGCUGUUUGACAAUGAUCAUUUGAAUAAGUCGCUGACCAGGUCGCCGGGCUUGAAUUUUAUUAAUAAUAAUAGUUUUAAAGAGGGUAUAUUCAGGUCGCCGAAGAAGGACAAGCAGAAGGAGCUUUAUAGGGAAAGUCAGAAAAUUCCCCGGGUUCCUAACAUGGUCAGACACUUUGAGGAGUUUAAAAUCGGCAGUGAUAUUGAUUCGCGCUGUAAAAAGUCUAAGGAUAGAGUUUCGCAGUUUGAGAUUGAAGAAAUGGACAUCAGGCAGAAUUUUGAAGAGUUUAAUUUGGAUGAGUGUGACCUGUCUGAUGACCCGGAUCGUCCUGAAGGCGAUGGGUCAGAUCGGCUGGGUAAUUUAGGCAUCAGCAAGCACCAGGACGAUGAUAUUUAUUGUGUUGUUGAUAAUAAUAAUUCAAGCUCCAGCGCAAAUACCAACUCUAAUUCGAAUGGCAUUUAUGACCACUUCUUAGAAGCUACAGGACUCAGUAAUAAGUCUAUUUUAACUCCAUCACGACUGCUAAGCAAUCACAAGAGUGUGCUCAAACCCAAGGACAUCAAGUACAAGAAUAAAAUAAAGGCUGUUAGCGAAAAGCAAAUUGUCAAUCCACUGCCAGCGGCUGGAAUUAAUAAUAAUCAUCAUCAUAGUAAUAAUAAUAAUAAUAAUAAUAACAAUAAUAAUAAUAAUAAUAAUAAUAAUAGUCAUAUACAUAGUCAUACACUCAAUAGACACUGGACUGGGCCAUUCGUAUGA